CUUAGAAGGCAGGACAGAGGCAGCGAAUUUUGGCGCCAAAUUUCGAGCCAGUGAGGAACACACAGAAUCCCGGCAGGAGCGGCAAUGCUCGGGCAGAAAACCAUCAACGCCUUUUUCACCCCGGUCUCUAAGAAGCGCUCUUCCUCGGAGGCCUGGCCGGGAGAGGAUGCUGACCGGGGAGACAUCAAGAAACUACAGAGCGGCGAGACCACUCCUGUUAAAAAGACAAGGCAAGAAGAUGAGGAAAACCAGCCAAAAAUAACCUCUCCUCCGUUGAGCCCUGAACAGCUAGACCGCAUUCAGAAGAAUAAAGCGGCCGCGCUCCAGAAACUCGCAGCCCGCCAUGCGCCGGAGGGAUUCGGGGAGAGCUGGAAGCAAGAGCUGCUUUCCGAGUUCUCCAAACCUUAUUUUAUAAAGUUGACAAAUUUUAUCUCAGGAGAACGGAAUCGAUACACUGUGUAUCCUCCUCCGCACCAAGUCUUUACCUGGACUCAGAUGUGUGACAUUAGAGAUGUGAAGGUUGUAAUUUUAGGACAGGAUCCUUACCAUGGCCCCAACCAGGCUCAUGGAUUGUGCUUUAGCGUUCAGAAGCCUGUACCCCCUCCACCAAGCUUGGAAAACAUGUACAAGGAGCUUAAAGUAGAUAUUGAUGGUUUUGAACACCCUGGACAUGGUGAUCUAUCUGGGUGGGCCAAACAAGGCGUUCUCCUUUUAAAUGCUGUGCUGACUGUUAGAGCACACAAUGCUAAUUCACAUAAAGACAGAGGCUGGGAGCAGUUUACAGACUCAGUGGUUUCUUGGCUGAACAAGAACCUUAGUGGCUUGGUCUUCAUGCUUUGGGGAGCUUAUGCCCAGAAGAAAGGAAUUGGUAUUGACAGAAAGCGCCAUCUUGUGUUGCAAACGGUCCAUCCAUCUCCUCUAUCUGCACACCGUGGAUAUUUUGGUUGUCAUCACUUCUCUAAAACAAAUGAUUACCUCAAGAGUGUGGGUAAAACACCUAUUGACUGGAAGGAUCUGUGACAAUAUUGAUAUUAUAGUUCUAGACCAUAUCACACAGGCAUUAAUCUUGAUACUAUUAGCAAAGUGAAAAACACUGCUGCUACUUGCUAAUUUAUCAGGUUUGGUUUAAGCUCUUACUAUAUGUUGCAUUUUUUUCAAAAAUAUUUUGAGUUGCUGUUAAUAAGGAUACAGUGUUCCAUUUCCUUAGCUGGAAAAAAUGUGGCCAAUACCCAUGACUGCCACACUCAAGUUAUGUAAAUGGUAAAAUGUUCUGUAGAGUUUAUUGUUUGCAUUCUUCUGUCCUAGAGGAGUUUUGUAUUCCAGGCAUCACAACUGUACCUACAAAACAUGAUCUAUAUGAAAA